UGUGAGCUUACUUAGUCUUUGAAAACACUUUUAUAUUAUAAAUACUACCACCAAGAAGAGCAGACCAAGAACAUCUAAAGAAGAGCACAGCACUAUAAAUAGCGGUUGGGUUGUGAAUAGGUCGGAGGUCACCAUCGGCGAAGAAAAUGAACACGUCUAGGUUCAUCAAGUGUGUCACCGUCGGCGACGGAGCUGUUGGUAAAACUUGUAUGCUAAUCUCCUACACCAGUAACACCUUUCCCACUGACUAUGUGCCGACUGUUUUUGACAAUUUUAGUGCAAAUGUGGUUGUGGAUGGGAGCACUGUAAAUCUGGGGUUGUGGGAUACUGCAGGCCAGGAGGAUUACAACAGAUUAAGACCUUUGAGCUAUCGUGGAGCUGAUAUCUUUGUACUUGCAUUUUCUCUUGUUAGCAAAGCCAGCUACGAAAAUGUUUCCAAAAAGUGGAUUCCAGAAUUGAAGCAUUAUGCACCGGGGGUUCCAAUAAUUCUCGUUGGAACGAAGCUUGAUCUUCGGGAAGAUAAACAGUUCUUCAUAGACCACCCUGGUGCAGUUCCCAUUACCACAUCUCAGGGAGAGGAACUCAGAAAGCUGAUUGGAGCUCCUGCUUAUAUUGAAUGUAGUUCAAAAACACAGCAGAAUGUGAAGGCUGUUUUUGAUGUGGCCAUCAAGGUGGUUCUCCAGCCACCAAAGCAGAAGAAAAAGAAGAGAAAGGGACGAAAGGGAUGUAGUAUAAUGUGAUGGAGAAAGUAAAUGAUUAAACCUGUUAGUCACUCGAUCUAUCUCAUUAUCUUUCCACUUUGAGGGAGCAGUUGGAUGUGGUCCGUAGUCUUGACUGACUCUACGGGGGCUCUGUUCGUCCAUCAAAGUUGUUGGGCUAUCGAUUUCUCAAUUGUGGUCUAAUCUAUAUAUCAAUAACAUAAAUUGUGUUUGAUAACGUGCAGAACUCUUAUACCUUCGGGUCUACAUCUACAUAAUGUAGUAAUCAUAACCAUUUGCACUUGUGGACGUGCUUAUACUCAUACUUUGUAAUCUGGUUUAGAAUACUCAUACUUUGUGAGAGGCAUACCAAAAGUUGUGAUCCUGUUGAAUUAUUCCAAUUAUUCGCCUGUACUGAGCAAGUUUUUAUCUGGAAACUCAGGCAUGCUGCUCAUAUGUACUAUUUUGCUUGCAUUUGGCACAAUGAUUUAUUAGGCAACUAUUUCCCGUGCUUUGAAAUUUCUUACGCAUUUGCCGAAGAGAAAUCUACUAUAUUAUCAGUUCUGGCA